AUUAGUGACAUUUAAUUGGUGGAUUAACUAUAUUAUUUUUUGGGGUGAAGAGCUGAGAAGUUGUAUGCUCUGGUGAUGCGCCACUUCCUAUUUGUGUCACUUGUUUUUUCCAUACCCUACACUUGCCACGCUGGAUGUUAUCAGAGACGGUUGUGCUGUGCGGGAAGGAACAAUACAUGCAAGGGUGUAGACGACGGAAUAGCGCAUCUUCCAACCGUUAGCACAAUACAUAAUGAAGAAGCACAGACAUUUCAUCAGAGACCAACUGUAAGAACAGAAAAAGAGUACUAUACACCGCAUUAUGAAUCAUCUGGAGAUGGAUACGAUCUCAUUUUUCCUGAUGUUUUCGAUGAAGAAAGCGAUGAAAGAAUCGGGAAACUCGUGCUACCAGAUAUUAUAGAAAUGGAUGGAUCUGGAGCUGAUAAAGUUUACGAGAGAUAUGGUCUUGGAAGUGGAGACGGAGAGCCGGAAGACGUAGAAACCCAAGAAAUUCCAUUGACAACACCGGCCCCUCGGCUGAAAACUUUGAUUUUCGGAUUGAAACGGGAUCAGCGAACACCGCCGGAAGAAAUCACGCGGUAUAGCGAGAAGCCUAGGCAUCUUCUAAUACGGUACUCUCUUUUAUCCAAGUUUAUGCCAUUGAAAGUCACCUCGACUCCUCUUUUGUACGAAGAAAAUCGUGUGCAACCAGCGAAUAAUCUGUAUUAUUUGGAAAGUUCUAUCAGUGAAUGCUAUUGUGAUGAGCACUGUGUCACACUGGGAGAUUGUUGCUCGGAUUACACGUUCGUGUGCCCACCAAGAGACUGUGUUCUAACCGAUUGGGACAGCUGGACACAAUGCACUGCGGACAACGGAACCUGCGGUAUAGGCACCCAAAAACGCCUACGCCACGUCAUCCAACACGCAGAACGUGGCGGUGCCGCCUGUGAACCCUUAAAAGAAAUGCGAACUUGCUUUGUCGAAUGCCGACCCAAAAAAUCUGCGCUUGACGAUAUAACGACUGUGGCAUUGAUUUUGGACUACAGGCACAAUAAGACACGUAGCAAAAUUAGGCGGAACAAUAUCUACUGGGAUCUACCAAAUGUGGCGGAAAAGAUGAAAAAAGCCACGUACUACUGCGUACACUACACAAUUGACUGGGUCAACCGCAACUGCGUCUCUCGUCUCUUAAACAAGGGGCUUUCAGAAGGAAGUGUAAUGUGCGCCGAGUGUCAACCAGAAGCCACGUAUCACCGAAAUAACGGGCGGUGUGCGUCAGAUUUGGAGGACGGAGAUCAGGGAUUCUGGAAGCUCAUCGGUCCUCAAUCUUGUAACGGAAUUUGGACACGAAUAAAUCGAACCGAGAAUUGUCAGUGCCAGAUUGAAUAUCCAAAGGAUCAUCCGUUCCUGUUAGUCUAGUAGAGCGCGAUUGCAUGCCCGGUUUUUCAAAUGUUCUAGUAUUACGGGAACAUAAAAUUCUGAGAAUGCGUUGCGCAACAUAUUUGACGCGCAACAUAUCUCGUAGCGAAAACUUAUCUUUUAAUGACUACUGUAGCGUUACAGGCUCGAUUUACGGGCUUGAUUAGUAUUUUCUCAUUUUUUUGCUUAAUUUUAAUAUUCUAUCGAUAAAUUAAUUCAUUUCAAAAAUCGACCCCGUAAAUCGACACAAGCGCUACAGUAGUCAUUUAAAGAAG